AGAGCAACAGGUUGCUGCACAAAGACUUUUUUUUUUUUUUUGCUGGUUUCAUUACAAGACAUUUCAGCGGAGAAAAGCAGGUGGACUUUACUGUAGCAAAGAAGCAGAAGAACUGAAGUUUAGUCUGUGGUUGGGGAUGACAUUGAAAAGCAGAAGCGCUGGUUGAUGGAGUUUGUGCGGCGGAGUGGUGACUACUGCCACGCCCAACACAUUUAGAGCCUAUUUGGGAUGAAGCUGCAUCAUGCAGUCCUGUGGCCCUGAAACCUGAAAGACCAUUGGCUCUUGACCUCUGAACCAGCCAGCUCAUGGGGUAACGUGUGGAUCCUCGACACUGGAAGCUAACUGGAGACAGAAGGACUGAGAGAGCCACGAGAGACAACGAGAGAACGACUGUCACUUCCUGGACUAUAGGAUACGUCAACAGAUGGAGUAAAACUCAAGAAAACAGGACCUCAGAGUUGGGAAAGUACCUUAAAGGCUACAAACAGUCUCACAACAGGAAGUUCAACAACAGACAGGAAGUCCAGACUCACCUGGAGUCUUGAUCCUGAUAUCAAUUGAAGACACAGCAGCGAACUGCUACAGCUGGAGCUAAAGGUCAGAGGUCAUAUUCUGGGAUAGCCUAUCAAAGGUCACGCUGGUCACCAUGAACCGUCCAGCUCCAGUCGAACUGUGCCACAAGAACAUGAGAUUCCUCAUCACACACAACCCCACAGACAACACACUCACCUCCUUCAUAGAGGACCUGAAGCGAUUCGGCGCCACCACAGUUGUUCGAGUCUGUGAUAUCACCUACGAUAAAACACCGCUGGAGAAAGACGGCAUUACUGUGGUGGAUUGGCCGUUUGAUGAUGGAGCCCCACCCCCUAGUAAACUGGUUGACGACUGGUUGAGUCUGCUUAAGAAGAAAUUUCUGGAAGAACCAGGAUGCUGUGUGGCUGUUCACUGUGUGGCUGGACUGGGGAGGGCUCCUGUGCUAGUUGCUCUGGCUCUGAUAGAGAGCGGGAUGAAGUAUGAAGAUGCUAUUCAACUCAUCAGACAGAAGCGUCGUGGAGCCAUCAACAGUAAACAGCUCACCUACCUGGAGAAAUACAGAUCCAAGCAGAGGCUCCGCUUCAAAGACUCUCAUGCACAAAAGAACAAGUGUUGCACAAUGUGAACACACACACACACACACACACACACACACACACAGACAAACACACGCACCCACACUUGGACCCUCAAAAAUGCUCUCAGGAAUCUAACCGUACAAGCCUUGUGUCAACACUAAUAUACGGGCUUCAUUAACCUGUGUGUAUCCUGGGAAUUUCUGAAUGUUUUUACAGCAGUUUUGUUAGAA